UUCACAUCACUGAGCUGUCGCGUGAUAGCUAAGACGAGUCUGGUGAGUGACAUAACUCACUGUACCAGUUUCCUCCACCAAUUUCAUCAGUAAAUCAAUCAAUUUCUUCAGGUCCCUAUGUGUAAUGUACCCAAUGCGCUAUGUAUUAGUCAGUUCAAUCGUCCCCCUGCAUUCUUUCCGUCAUGCUCAUGUAUGUUGUUAGAAUUCCUAGAUAUUUAGUCGUUCACGACGAUUUCUCUUUCUGUAUCUCUGUUUUGGUCGGUUUGUCUUUGUGAAAUAUCAUCGUAACUACACCUGUAUCCAGUGUUUGAUUCAUUGCAACUUCAUGAAGUUGUUAUCGAUCUAACGACCUAGUAGAUUACAUCGUUACUUCGGAGGACAGCACUCCAGAUUGUGUACUAGCUAGUAAUGGUACUCGAGUCAGACUCUGUUGAGCAUCCUCCUCUCAGGUACCUCUCCACUACUAUUCAAAGGUUAUGACAAUUUUUUAAGCGUAGUUACUAGGUUGUGAUGACACCGAAGCUGAUCCUGAAUAUAGAUUCCAUUCUCAUUGCAGAAUUAGCAUCGUAGUAGAGUAAAAGGUCAGGAUUCCGAUCUUCACCAUGGAUAGUUAUAGUUACUCGUCAGCAGCGAGUGCAAGGGCCGCUUCAGGGCCUGAGCCUCUUCUGGAUGAUGUAGACUACUUCAGUUCGCUUGUCAUUGCUUUUGUUGCUAUUGCGACUACCAUCAUCGUGUUCCAUGCGCAGUAAGAAUGUCCUAGAAUAUAUUACUGAUCCAAGAAGGAGAUAGGCUAGCUCUACUAGUACUAAGUAGAAGAAUUUUUACUUCUAAGAAAGUAGGUAGAAGUACUAGAGCAAGAGCAAGUCUGCUACUGCCUUGACCUUGAUUCCUCUAUCGAAUAACCUGAAGUAGCUAGAGGUAGAGAGUAGAAGAUAACGCAAAUGUAAUCUUUCUACUCAAGUUUGAUUUUUUGGUAAAUGUGAGAUCGUAGCGUAGAAUCCGUAUCUUCUAGGAUUGUUUAGUCUAUUUGAUGAAGCCUUGUGGUUUAUCCUAUCUGAAGGGACUACUAGGGAAAUGCGACUGAGUACUCCACUCUCUACUCGGGCAUGUACAGUUUUGUUUAUUAAUAAUGAUCCAUUUUGUUUGAUGACUAUGCUAUCGCAUAAAUGUGGAAAAGUUCGACGGAAUUAGCUUGUCCGAAUAAUCAAUCAUAUAUCGUCUGUAGAACUUUCCACCGCAGGAAUUUUUUAGCGGUUCCGACAAGCGACAAUGUUGCGACGUUUGGUGACCGGCCCUAGCUUUCUGAUCUCGGCGCAUCUCGGCCUUCUUUUUGCAGUGUCAUACGUGGUUCUAUUUUUGGUAAAUGUCUUGGACUCACCGGCAGCAACACGUGGCGUUUUUGACGGUGAAGUGGAAACAAAAGACGUAUCUCUAUAGAUACAUACAUUGAGGAGCAAGAGGAUUUCAUCAUUAGACCGCUUUUCUUUUUGCAUGACUCGACUCAUCAAGAUCAUCGUUCUUGAGUUUUUUCGUUAUUACUUGGCGAAGUUAUUCUGAAUCAAUGAGUAGAUCAUAAUUCAGAGUUGAAGAGUGAUGAUCUCACCAGUAACGAGGGAAGAAUCACGUUGAGAUGAAAUUCGUUUUCAACAUCCUUCCUCCUCUAUCAAAACAGCUUUGUGGGGUGGCGUACAUCUGGAGACUGCGAAGCUCGAUUAGCGAUGUCGCAUCACACUUCGGAAAGACAGGUAGCGAUCAUGGCGGCUUUUUCUCCGCUAUGCUGGAGAAAGGCACAAGCCACGUUGUCCUUAGCCGUGACACUGCUGGUACUCUAUUUUUUGGUGUUAUGGUGACAUGAUCAUAACUUUAAAGAGCUUCGGAAAACGAUCAUUUGAGCAACAUAUAAUUUUUUCGAAGUGAAAGGAGCAAGAGCAAUUGAGAUAUUUAUUUAUUUGAGCAGGUAGUGGCAGUUUGAUCAACACGAAUCUUCUGGAAUAAUUGGUAUCCUUUAUUUUAUGCGAACACGACAGGUGCACCGAAAAGCAACGAUCGGGAAACGAGCCCCUGGUGGAGCCUGCGCCGCUUGAUGUUUGGUGUUGUCCCGGAACCUCCCCGAAGGUCCAAGACGAAGCAGCGUACUACCGGCAAAAGCACCGCAAAGCAUGAUAUCAAAGCAGCAAAUGCGACCUCAACAGGUCUUUACGGUAGAAGAAGCCAAGAAGAGCCGACUUCCGACGAAAGCACCAGCACUGCUGAGGAGAGCUUCGAACAGGAGGUGUUUUCUUCGGUUACCAACAAUGGCAAAAAGUCAUUCUCAUCGAGUGCAGGAGUCCUAAGUAGCACAACAAGCGCAACUGGUUCGGCUUGGGCAGAGCCUGAGAAAACUACGAGUGCUCUCGCAGGUUCGUCGUCCAGUACUAGCAGCUUCUUUCCUAGUGGAUCACGAGCGCCGCCGAUUUUCAAUAUUACGGGUCUUGUGACGCUGCCGGAGCUCGAUUGGCAUAUUGAACGCACGGCGAAGGCCUAUGACUGUUUUGAUCGCACCGUGCUCACAAAUCGGCGCGAGCCAUUGGCCGAUCUUUGCGCGACCAUGUGUGGCGUGUACGUCGACAUGGAACCAGCACCAUUUUAUUUCAACGCUGCAUCGAUUUCGCUUCUUCAUCGUACUUCAUACAGAUUGAUAGAUUUCAAUCUCUGCAUUCAAAUGUCGACAUUAGUCAAGGUUUUCGAGCUUUUACGAUUAAUAAGUACUACAAAUGCAUCUGAUAAUUGCUCCUGGUUUACUAAGAGCUAUGUAAGUAUACAACGUCCACAUAACGUGAUAAUAUUUGCUUCAUCACUUUUUACCAACAAACUCCUCUCCAGAUCUGAUCCACCUGGCUUUGGGGGUGUGGUUGCUCGCACUUAGCGCGCGCAUCGAGAUGAGUAAAAUCACAGGGCAGGAUACUGACCAGUUUGUAGGUCCAGUGCGACAAAACGUCGCUUGCUUUUGGUUCUACGUAGCGCUAGACGCCUUUGUCCGGUAUCAACAUCUGCACCAAGAGGUGGCCUACAUGGGCGGUCGAGCCAUCUUCUUGACAAUUUUUGCAGUGGAGACAGCACAAGCAGGAUCGUGUUGUACUUAUAUAUACUAAAAGUUCUUGCAACUACUUUGAUUAGAGUUGACAAAUUAAUAUGUUGACUACUUUGAUGAGCAUUAGAGUUAGACGUUGUUGAGCCGGCUUGAUUGCAGUUCGCUUCCCAAGGUAUUGUACCAUACUUACGCAGAUUGAUUUUUAUGGAGUACAACUCACUGUAGCUGUACGAAACAAAGCACAUCUUUCAUAAACAUUAUCACAGUUUUGCUGGUGACGUGCGCAUUUAUUUUCUGCAUCUCGUUUGGGUUUCUGAUUGCACGACUGUACAUGACGGUGACCGGGUGCGUUAGAUUUGUCUUUCGCUUGGCGCACUUUGUGUGCUUUCACAAAACCUUGAACGGGAAGAAGUUUGUGUCAGCACCUUGCGAUAACGAAGAUGUUUGUGCGAUUUGCCUCUGUGCACUGCACCCAGCCGGGCUGUGGCUGCCUCGAUCCAUGUCGGACGCUAUUCGUAACGCGCACGAGGACCACCGACUGCAGAAGCACUACGAAGACGCGAGGAAAGCGCGUCUUCAGUGCGCACUGGAAAAUGCGGAGAAGUUAAAAGAGGGCUCUCCUGAAGAAGAGGAAACAGACGCUUCGAGAAGGAGGAAAAAUAUUCCUCGGCGGAUGGGCUCUGCGCGAAAUAAAAGGAGCCCGACUGGGUCGCCCAUUAGAAAGCGCGCCGGCUUGUCACAAUCACAAACGCAAAGUCCUUCCCAGUUCCAGCGAAAUGCUUUGGAGGACGAGGAUGAAGACGAUGACGAUCUUUUAAUCUGCACUGAAGUCGGAGAAGAAGACAACGACGAUAUUCUAGCACCAGCACUAUCAACUGGUGGCGGUACUGAUGCGCUGGGCAGCACCUUUUUCUCAGCAGGCUGGCCGGCUGGAAAUGCUACAACAAGACUGACCCGAACCGAGGUUCUAUACCGUGUUGCUGAGCACGCUGCGGCGCUGGCGCAGUCCUGUGUUAGGAGCGUUCAGAUGCGAAUGCGCGUGUACAUUGCUGGAACCGUAAUUGUCUUCGCGGAUAUUUUCCAUAGCACAUUUGCGCAGCGAUCUACGUUUCGAGCGUACGGGAUACCGACGGCGGACCGUAUAUUAGCCUACCUCGGAUUGGAUUUGGCUGGCGCAGAGGAUGAAUUUCAUUCGUCCUGGGGAGAACCCGUCGAAAGCUUAAGUGGUUCUGUAGAUGUCGACGACGAUGAUGAUCAAGCUAACAGGUCUAGAGGCAGACGGGGUCGUGAUACUGUGCGGCUCCACUCGUCCACUACUGGAGCAGGAAGCGCCGCAUCUAUGCCGUCGAUAGAGGAGAAAGACGCCGGUGCUUUAGCCCGAAAUCUUGAUGCUGUCACGCCGCCGCGCCGUCGGGACAUGCGUGUAGUUGCCGGAGUCGUUCCAAUGGGCGAGGGCGAGGCAGAAGGGCACGACGAGAUAACGAGUGAGGACUUCUUACGUAGCCGCAGAGUACUCGAUCUUCAGCGAGAUGAUGAGCAAGCUGAGGAAGACGAGUGUGAGAAAGGUGACUACAACAUCACGUCAGGGCUUUCUCAACGUCGCGGAGCAAGGUCUUCUACGUACAACAACCCGAGUUUGGAUGAUCCUCACCAACGUGAUUUGCUUUUUGGUGUGAGGUCCUUAGGUUUAGUCGAUCCACUGCGCAUGUCCCAAAGCCCGCUCGACGACGACACCAUGAGUAGUCUUGGACGACGGCACGGCGAUUUUCGUACGAGCUUCCACAGUCAAAGAUUCCGCAAGCAAAAUGCGCUGCUCAAAUUGCAGGAGUGCGGACACCUUUUUCACUACUCUUGCCUCUCAGACUGCUUUCGGGAAGCGAAGUUUCGCAAGAAGACGAGCUGUCCGCUGUGCCGCACGAACAAUGAGCGGGUAGUUUGGCGCACGCAGAGCUUCGUGGAUCCGCAACAGGCGCCGCAGCCCUGGCGUCAGCAAGUCGCCACGUUCGGACGCGAACUAGUCGAGUUUCUCAUCCAGGAGGUGGACAUUUUGUAUUUUGGUUUGAUGAUCUAUAUCUUCCUGAUUGCGUUUUCGACCACCAUCUUGCUCGAGUUCUUCCUCUAUGCGAUGGCCCAAUUUUCGAGCAUGCUGCGGUCGCUGAAUAUGCUCCUAGAGGGCGCGUACGAGAUGCACCAGAUGGGAGCCGCACCGGGGGUGAGCAUGGCGGACGGCAGUGCGCUUGAUACUACGGCGCACCACGACACGCUGCUGGUGGGUGAUCAUGGAUUGUCUGACGACUCCACCACUUCUUGGCUCCAAGGGUCUUCGCCGCGUGUGGCAAGGCCAGGAAAGCAGGGACGGCAACCGCGGCCAAUAUCAACGCUGCACACGACAAGCACAGUGCGGCGCGAAGGGCGUCCGGGCGCUAUCGCUGGUGCUAGUGGUAAUAGUGCUACGCUACCAAACAUGCCGCCCCGUCCCCGUCCCAGUUGGUCUGUGCAGUAUAUUGCGCCCUGGACUUUGAUCGGCACCAAAGACUACAUUGGUAUGGGAGGCCCUAGCAUGUGGCCGCUUCCUCCUUUCACUAGAAGGCGACCACGGCCCCCACAGCGCAAACGACUACAACAUCAGAUGGCGCACAGUGCUGUGCCUGACCACGCGCGUGUAAACGAUAGAGAGAUGAAUAGCACCGCUAACUCGACUUCCUCCUGGCGACUCCACGACCCGUUGGAUAGAAGCGCCAACCCUACACAGAGUCACCGAGGCGCUAGCGGCGAGUCACGUGCUGCGUCUGCACGGUCCGUCUCUCCUUUUGGCGACUCAGAGACUUCCUCAAAAAAGCAAGAAGGGGUUGCUCUUGGAGAGACACCGCGUGGUAACCCGGCUUUACUGGAAAGCAGUGACGACACGCGUCUCAACGUGCCGCUUUCACUUGACGACAAUCCCAGGACAGUUUUCGAAAAGCAGGAUGAUAAUAUCAUUUCCGUUUCCUUGUCGGGGUUUGACUACGCGGGUGUCGAGGAGGAAGGGGCUUUCAUCUCGAAUUUCGCGAAACAAGAGGAACAUGUAGAGGAGGACUUUUUCGAUUUCGAAGUACUCGAAAGUACACAACGUAGUAGCAGGCGGCAUUGGAUGCCCGUGCUGCCGGAACGAGUUGUGAGUGAAAACAAUGCUACUGCCGGGUCGUUUCGCGACGGUACGUCAAGCAACCCUUUUCCUGGUGAGGUCGUUGAAGUAAAAAUACGAGAUAGCACAGCAAGACGGGUGCGAGGUGGGAAUGAUCGAGCACAAGCGCCAGAGGUGAUAGAAAGCGCUUCAGUGCUUGAGAAGUCGGAUGCCAAGCGCGAACAAUCGUCAGCUAGCGAUGAAGGGGUUCCUGGCGUGACAGGCGCCUGCCGACAAGAUGAGGAUCCUCUGCGAAGAACGUUCUCGUCACUUGCAUCCCCAGUAUUCACGAAUUUGGGGAGGCUGCUGUCUGCCUCCGUCAGGUAUUGGCGUUAUGAUGUGCCAGCAUCCUCAAUGGCUGAUGAAAGCGGAGCACUCGGGCACAGUGGGGAAGAUGAGGAUCUGGUAAUGACCGCUGAAGAGUUCUUUACCUUUGAUUGGGCAGGUGAGGCAGAAGCGCUUGCUAGUGCUGCGCAAAAUAAUCCCGAGGUAAGCAUGCCAAGUACAAAUAGCUACGACAGUAGAGCAGGUGGAGUAGAGUCUGAAGACCGCUUGAUGCCGGCGUCCGCCGCUUCAACAAUAGGGCGCGGAGAGCGCAUGGGAGCCAGCACCGCUCGCGGGGAGAAUGCAGAGGUUCUUACGGAAAUCAAAAGCCCGCAGCAAGCAGCGGAAUUGAGUGAAUCAAAGAAGGUCGUGUUACGUGACCAGGAGCGGGUUUUGCGACGGCAGGGCGCCAGGCAGGCUUUGCGAGAGGGCGCAAUUAGCCAGCGAGUUGCAUCCUUUUUCAAAAUUUCGGCUACACCAGAUAACAAUUCUUUUCUUGCGGGAGGCGCUAGCUACUUGCAGCAGAAGUCGCACGUGGUUGACAAGGAAGUAGCUGCGUUCCAGCGUGGACGCAGGUUGAACCCAGUCAACAAACGACCUACGCUUGAAUGGCUAAGUAGCAUAGUGAGUCAGCACUUUGGGAAUUUUUCAGGUAUAGACUACGCGGCGGGCGGAAAUAAUCUUGCGCGGCGGACAGCAUUGAACCUAACCUGGACGUUGUGGGAUGCACACCCUAACGCCACUCGCCAGGUGGAGUCCCGAGGAUGGCAGCGCGAGCGGCUGGACUCCGUCGCUUUUAUCGACGUAAUUGAGGAAAUCCUAUUGUUCCGCAAUGCGACGCUUGUGACACCGUUCUUGCGCUAUCUUAUAACCGGAAAGGUAGACUCCGGUGCAAAGCACGCCUUUGUGAAAAUGGAGAGAGAGGGCGGCGCACUCGUCCUUGAAGCCUCUCACGAGGAGCAGACAAGAAACCUAAAGCAAGUGCAGGAGGUGAACGAAAAGUCGACUUCGGAAACGCAAACAUACGACGAAGAUUAUUGGCGGACUUCGCUGGUAGCUGACUUUUUGGAUCACAGAGCUAUGGCAGCGCUCGCGUUGCAGGACACUGAUAACACUGCGAUUGUGGUGCCGUCUCUUGAAGAGUUCCACUCUGAAUCUGAGUCUGCGGGCCACGAAGGAGGCGAUCAGAAGGAUUCGGUCGAGCGGCCUUUGUCCCUAGGGUCUGAGAAGAAGCGUGCGGUUUUGGAUUCUGCACGGGAAGCGUUUCUGCACGGUUGUCUCCACGGUCUAAAGGAGCUAGUUGUGUAUCGACCUCUAUGGAUACUUGCGCUCUACGGGAGUGGCACCAUGAUCAUGAAUGGCGAUGAGCAGCCUAGCCAAACGCGGCAGGAGCUGCUGAGUGGACCGACGACUGAGAACAAUAUCACAGCGGGUGGCGCAUCAACAGGUGGGGCAGCGUCGUUCCACGCAGCUCGUGACCGAGUGGAAUCGGAAGCGGGCGGACCGAAAUCCACUAGUGGUGGUUACCGCGAGGUGAGACCAAGAGCAAGCGCACACGCUGUUCGUUACGAGACAAAGGGAGACGGCGAAGUGCUCGAAUCAGUAGCGCUGUCGGGGUCUACCGCCGUGGCAUCCAACGGCAUGAGUACGCGCGCUUUUCUUUGGUGGGUUGCCGUGAAUUAUUUCACGAAGACUCAACUUUUCUGCAUGUUCAUGAUGCCGGUAACGUUUCUUCUCGUCGCGUUGUUGCUCUACGAGUACCGCGAGUUUUUGGAAUGGUUUUGGCGUCGCCUGGGCUUUCUCUACUUGCGAUGCUUUGGCGAUCGAUUAGACAUUCGGAUUCGCAUCCGCGCCGAACAGAGCCCAGCUUCGAAUCCCGCAGCUGUUCCUGGAGGAGACGGAUAUAGUGCGCCUGCCGGGCACUCCUCGGUGCAGCUUACUGGUUCACCAGCAGCAGCACAGAGGAUCCAAGCAGGUCUGACAGGGAACCGCAGCCACAUUGCAGACGCACUCUUUGGUUCGGAAGAAGCCCCAGAUGCGAACGAGUUCAUGGAUGGUGCAGGAGGCGAGGCUGCUGUGCCAGUAAUCUCUGCUGUCCUCGAUUUGCAGGACGAAGACGAGCAUGAAUACGUUGACAUGCUUUCCCAACUGCGGGCGCAACGCGCGGCUGCGCGCGCUGCAGCCGCGGCCGCAAACGGCGGAACGUCAGCUGCAGGUGGCAGCAUGGGUGUAGCACCAGGCACUGCUUCUAAUAGCCCGACAUUGGCUCAGACGGGACCAGUGUCGUCUUCGAGUAGCAUUAACGCACCACCACCAGUGACAAGUGAUCGGUUGCCAAUAGGAUCGCUCACUAAUGGCAGCCCAAGUGGUUACAGUGUCGGCUCUACCACCGCAGCUGGCGCGUCCUCUAGUAGUGCUGGCACAUCACAAUCUUUGGUGGGAACACCUGCAGGGGGUAGCUUCCACUUAGGAGCGACCACUGGCGCCCCGGGUGGAGCAAGCGUCCUUGCGGGUGUCUCGCCUUCGCCCGGCAGCUUGUUGAGCACCCUGCUAGGCAGCACGAGCGAGCAGAUCAACCAGGAGCUUUAUUUUGGACAAGCCAGCAGUGAUGGCGGAAGUUCUGACGGCGACAGCCUGGACGAUGCUGGGGAGGGUGCACUCGAGUUGCUAGGCAAUGCCCUCGAUGAUGCUUUGGGUGUGGGGACGGGAACCGACCCUGCACCAGGCCCAGGCGCCCAAAUGGCUGCGGGUCACAACAAUUUUUUUGUGGUCUUCAUCUUCACGCCUUUCCUGCAUUACGCUAAUGAGGGCGUCAAAAUGCUCAUUUUUUCACUCACACUUCUCGCGGGGCUCGCGCGAUGGCUGCUGGAAGCCACUGUGCAGGCGUCGGUAGAAGUUGUUGUCGAAGCAGUGAGCGCUGCCAAUGCCGAAGUCCUUCCACUAUACUUCCCACCCAAAAGCACACGACGCAUUACCAAGUUUGCCCGACUCACAGUGAAGGAUUCUAUUCGGAAAUACCUCUGCGCGCACAGAAAGGGAGCCGAGGAAGCAGAGGAGUCGAGUCCCAGCCACGUCAACGCGAAUAGCAUGAUCAGACAAAACGGCCGCAAUGAGGACGUGGCGGAUCCUCCAAGCAAAGACGAGUCACCGCAGUUCUCCCAGCAACCCGGAAGAGGCCAUUUCCGGCGAAGUCGAGACGGUAGCUUUCCAGCCAAUUUGCUUGAAGCAGCGCGUAUGAUCUCCUUCGGCGAAGAAAGUAACGCAGAUGCUGCUCUGAGAGCCAGAAAUGGGUCCACCAAGGGGUUCGAGAGUCAUGGAAGCUAUGCCAGCAGAAGUGUCUCGGAAUCAGAAGCCGGGAGCACUUCCGAGGGUUCUUCAUCGACUAUCUCGUCCAGUGAUAGCACGCCAGUCGUGCAUACUCCAGUACACGAAUUGCCCUUCGAUCAUCCGGAAGCCAUGGCUCUGCGUCGGCGCGCGGCUACCUUUGGAAAGUCACGCCGUGAGGUAGACAAAACAAGAGAUCAUAGGAGCUUAGGACGUUCGGUUUCUGCUACAACCCCAAGCUCGUCCGAUGGCGGUUCUGCACUGCAGGACUACUCUCGUGCAGGCGGUGAUGUCGAUGUGGAGGAGAUGUCCAUCGAAGAAGAGGGCGGUGGAACGACCGAGGUUGGUGUGAUUGCGCGAGCAUUUGCGCGUUUGCAACAGGGUUUCUGGAGUGGGCUCUUCGUGUGCCACUAUUGCGUGGUGCUUGUCUUCCUGUUUACACUGAAGGUCUUGCACUUCAUUUUUAUUCGCGUGGUGCUGGUCCAGAUCCUGUUGCGGCCGCCCAUGUGGCUCUUUGGCGCCGCACCUAGUUCAGUUCCGCGGAGCUGGCGGCAACCAGCCCCCGAGGUAGAAUACGAUGAGGAAGGAAGCAGUUCCUGCUCCGAGAGCCAGACCGAAGUUGAGGAAUGUGAGUCUCCUGCUCUCAUCGCGUCUACGCCUCUGAACUUGGGCAGAAGUCUAUCUUGGCCUCAGGAUGAGGUGUCCUCAACCAGAAGAAGGCGAAGGCGCGAGUACGACGAUGAUUUGAUAAGACCUCGUAGUAGACGCAGCAGUCAGUGGUCCUCUCCGUCUUCGCAGCAUAUCGUGGAUGCGCAACAACACGCUCUGAUUCCAAGAGUGUACUAUGUCAGGGCGUCUGCGGAGGAAGGACUGGCUCGUCAUAGGGCUUUGCUGGCCGGGUGUGUUCGCGCAGUGUCAUCGCUCAUUCGCCGAGCUGUUGCGGAAUGCUUUCGGUCUCGCGAAGACGAGAGCCGAGGACGAGCAAGCCGCUUCAUCAAUCUGGACGACGAUCAUGCCUCCAAUUUGGGUGCACUGUCCUCGCCCGGAGACGGCGAACACGACUCUCGGCGUCUGCGGCAGCAUAGUCAUGGAGACAACUACUCGGCUUUCUCUUCUGAUCAAAACGAAGGACCGCAGCAGCUUCUGCCGCGCAUGAGAGGCCGCAGACGGCGCGAUGACUUAGUGCUCGAGCCGGCGCACGGGAGCAUCAGCUCUAUGUCGGAGAGGAGACUGCGUUCAGGAGAGUCGUCCUCAGAGGAAGACUACACCCCUCCACUCCUUUUCCCAAACGAUGAAGAGCCUCCAAUGACCGGGGAAGAGUACGCGGGUGUCCUGAACGAAAUUUUAGAUGCAGAAGAACAAGGGCUGUCCCCUCCGGAUCCGAAUGCGGAUCUCGACCUGGGCCUUUCCAUUCGCGGUGUCAUGACUUGGGUGCUUUUUGCCCCAGUAGCGACAGCGAUCGAAGUAACCUGGAUUUUCUGUGUUCGAUUCUGGCGUGCCUUUUCAUGGUUCUUUCGAUGGACGUCGCCUCGUCCGGCAGGACUGAAUCCAUCGGCCCCCGGGCAAGGGAGUGAUGCAGCAUUCGGAGGCCUUUCACCUAGUACAGCAGGAGACAAUCACAGCAUUACAGGUCUGCAGGCAGAUAAUAUCCAUGGCGCUCCUGAGCAAGGACCCAGCAAUGUUGCAUCUCCAAUGCCCGCCGGUCCUCAAAGUUCGGCCACGGCUGAGCAAGCUGCGCCGGCAGUGAUAGGCAUGCCAGACCUGCUGUUGUUUCCUGUGGGAGAGGAGCGCAUGGUAGGCCCAGGGGAGAGUAUGCUUCGGGUAGUGUACGCAAGAGUAGACGCUUUUGAUCUGACGUUCGGACGUCGCAUGCUCUUGGCCUUGGUCUGCAGUUACCCACUGGCAUACUGCAUGGUUCGCUGGUGGCUCGCGAGCAACCUCAUCUACCUCAGCUUGCUGCUUGGACCGAUAAUGUGGUAAAGACGCAGAAACUGACAUAAUUUACUGUUGUACGUAGCAUAGUAGGAAGAAAGAUGAAGCUGAAGCUGAACAGCAUCGAAAAGAAGUGAACGGAGCAAUCAUACUAAGUAUGCUGACACCAUCAUGCAUUUAUAAAACAGAAACAGACUUUCUCUUGAUUUGACGUUAUUGCCACGAAUAAAACUAACCAGUCGAUUAUCCUUGAAGUGAACUUCAUUUUUCUGUACACAACGCAAUUGGAUUUAUGUGGUUCCUAUCAGUACCAGUGGUCUAGACAAAUUGUACCUACAUUUUUUGAAUCAAGAAGCACCUUCAAAGAAAUUGUAUCCUAUAUAUAAUACAUCAUGUUAUCAUGAUUUUUGGUUCUCGACGUAGUGUAUGGCUUGACUGUCCUUUCCAUGAAAAUAAGUUGGUGUAUUUCUGAGUGGUCAUAAAAAUGUAACUAUCUUUGUGUUAUAAUUCUUGUACUAUACGUAUUCUGAGUGAACGUGAAGAUUCAUUCCUGUAAUUAUAGAACAGCAUGAUGAACAUCCAUCAAUAACAUUCAUAAUAAUGUAAACAUCCAUGAUGAUAAUUCACAAUGAACAAAAUCAUCCUCGAGCUUUUUUCUGUGGUUAACAUCUUCCUCAGUCCAAACCCAGUUCCUCCUAUA